GCGUGGAUAGAUGAGGUCACAAGCUGUCGUGCGGAGAAUGGAAUGUGUUAGACUAGUGUAGGGGAAGGGAUCCGGGGCACCGCUCACCACCGACAGAGCCUCCCGCACCUCCCGUCCUACAACGACCGCCUCCCUCCCUCCCUGCCGCUCCUCCUCCUCCUCUACACACCGGGACAGCACCGCCGCUUCGGGGAUGCAGAGCCAUGCAGGGAUUCGUCCGGUUACCGGGCUCCGGCACGGACAUGUAACCCGCUGCUGACACCUCCGGCUUCCCCGGUGAAGUUGAUGAAGUCAGCCGGCGCGGGGUGCGGACAGUCAGGCGAGGAGCUGAUCGGGAUCCGGUGCCGGGGGAACAAAGCUGUGCUGGCUGCUUCUAUCUCUGUACACUACGACCAGUCCCUAUAAACCGGAGACCCUUCCGAGGUGGAGAUCCUACAAAACCAGAGACCCUUCCAAGGUGGAGAUCCCUUAAAUCCGGAGAUCCUACAGAACCAGAGACCCUUCCGAGGUGGAGAUCCCUUAAAUCUGGGGGAACCUACAAAACCAGAGACCCUUUCAAGGUGGAGAUCCCUUAAAUCUGGGGGAACCUACAAAACCAGAGACCCUUUCAAGGUAGAGAUCCCUUAAAUCCGGGGAACCUACAAAACCAGAGACCCUUCCAAGGUGGAGAUCCCUUUAAAUCCGGGGAACCUACAAAUCCAGACCCUUUAAGCCGGGAGAUCCUACGAAAUUGGAGACCCUUAAAGUCGAAGACUAUUUGGAUUCCCUUUAAGCCGGACCCCCUUUACAGUCGGCGUCCCUUAAAGCAGAAGACCCUUUAAACCGGGGACCCUUUAAGCGGUGCCGCUGGCCGUUGCCCCCCACCCUUAUUCCCUCCCCCCCCCCACCCCCCCAAAAAAUUGCCUUUACCAAGGAGAUGAAAGACCGAAGGGGGGAACGUUAAAGAAGUCGCCCACAUGCUCUGGAUCACGCCGCGGCUGGGGGAAAGGCAUCCGCGGAAGGUGGGAGAAGAGAGUUUGACAUCUAUCCGCUCAGAAAGAUGGCGGAGUGGAGCUGAGGGCGCGGACCGGGAACGUUUGGGGGCUUUUGCGUUCAUCUCCGACCACCCCGAGCCCGACCGGACACAUGCAGGCCAAAAAACGCUACUUCACCCUGCUGUCGGCCGGCACCUGCGUCGUCCUGCUCUUCUACCUCGGCGGCUUGCAGUUUAGGGAGUCCAGGAGCCAGAAGAAAAGGGACGACCAUCACCACCACCACCGGAGGAAUGGCCUUAAGAAGGGCGCCGACUACCACCCGUGGCCGCGCUUCCCGGACCCCCUGCUGCCCUUCAUCCAGUGGGAUCAGGCAGAGGGCGAGGAUUCCAACAGCCAGGGCUCGCCCCGGCAGAAGCGGGACGCCAACUCCAGCGUCUACAAGGGCAAGAAGUGCCGCAUGGAGUCCUGCUUUGACUUUUCGCUUUGCCGGCGGAACGGCUUCAAGGUGUACACCUACCCUCAACAGAAGGGGGACAAGAUUUCGGAGAGCUACCAAAACAUCUUGUCGGCCAUCGAGGGCUCCAGGUACUACACCUCAGACCCCAGCCAGGCUUGCCUGUUCAUCCUGAGCCUGGACACCUUGGACCGUGACCAGCUGUCCCCGCAGUACGUCCACAACCUCCGCUCCAAGGUCCAGAACUUGCACCUGUGGAACAACGGUAGAAACCAUUUAAUUUUUAAUUUAUACUCUGGGACCUGGCCGGACUACACCGAAGACGUGGGCUUCGACAUCGGCCAGGCCAUGCUGGCCAAGGCCAGCAUCAGCUCGGACAACUUCCGCCCCAACUUUGACGUUUCCAUCCCGUUAUUUUCUAAGGAUCAUCCCAGGACAGGGGGGGAACGGGGGUUUCUGCGAUUUAACACUAUCCCUCCGAUUCGGAAGUACAUGUUGGUCUUCAAAGGGAAAAGAUACUUGACGGGGAUAGGGUCAGACACCAGGAAUGCCUUAUAUCAUGUUCAUAAUGGGGAGGAUGUGGUACUCUUGACUACUUGCAAGCAUGGAAAAGACUGGCAGAAGCACAAAGACUCACGUUGUGACAAAGAUAACGCGGAAUAUGAGAAGUAUGAUUAUCGUGAAAUGCUGCACAAUGCCACUUUCUGUCUGGUCCCCCGUGGCCGCAGGCUUGGAUCCUUCAGAUUUCUGGAGGCUCUGCAGGCUGCAUGUGUUCCAGUGAUGCUAAGUAAUGGAUGGGAGUUACCAUUCUCUGAAGUGAUUGAUUGGAACCAGGCGGCAGUCAUCGGGGAUGAGAGGUUAUUAUUACAGAUUCCUUCUACAAUCAGGUCUAUCCAUCACGAUAGGAUCCUUGCACUUAGACAGCAGACACAGUUUUUGUGGGAAGCUUAUUUUUCCUCUGUUGAGAAGAUUGUAUUGACAACACUAGAGAUCAUUCAGGACAGAAUCUUCAAGCACAUAUCACGCAACAGUCUAAUAUGGAACAAGCAUCCUGGAGGGCUGUUUGUGCUGCCCCAGUACUCAUCAUAUCUGGGAGAUUUCCCCUAUUAUUACGCUAAUCUAGGUAUUAAACCCCCUACCAAGUUUACUGCAGUCAUCCACGCUGUGACACCAUUGGUUUCUCAGUCUCAGCCAAUCUUAAAGCUGCUGGUCGCCGUAGCCAAGUCUCAGUACUGUCAUCAGAUCAUAGUCUUGUGGAACUGUGACAAGCCGCUCCCUGCCAAGCACCGCUGGCCUGCCACUGCCGUGCCAGUCAUCGUUAUUGAAGGGGAGAGCAAGGUCAUGAGCAGCCGUUUUCUGCCGUACGAUAACAUAGCAACUGAUGCCGUUCUCAGCCUUGACGAAGACACAGUACUUUCCACAACAGAGGUGGAUUUUGCCUUUACAGUUUGGCAGAGCUUUCCAGAAAGGAUCGUGGGAUAUCCUGCUCGCAGUCACUUCUGGGACAGCACUAAGGAGCGGUGGGGUUACACUUCCAAGUGGACUAAUGACUACUCCAUGGUACUAACAGGAGCUGCUAUCUAUCACAAGUACUAUCACUACCUUUACACCAAUUACCUGCCUGCCAGUCUGAAAAACAUGGUGGACCAAUUAGCCAAUUGUGAAGAUAUCUUAAUAAACUUUCUUGUGUCUGCCGUCACCAAGCUGCCACCAAUCAAAGUGACACAGAAGAAGCAGUACAAGGAAACAAUGAUGGGACAGACCUCCAGAGCUUCUCGUUGGGCCGAUCCCGACCACUUUGCCCAGAGACAGACUUGUAUGAAUACGUUUGCCAGCUGGUUUGGCUAUAUGCCGCUCAUUCACUCACAGAUGAGACUGGAUCCAGUGCUUUUUAAGGAUCAGGUGUCAAUCCUUCGAAAGAAAUAUCGGGACAUUGAACGACUCUGAGACAUACUGCCACCGGAGGGAGCCUUUGCGCCCAGUGCACACUCAUCAACACACCGCUCUAUGAUGGCGGUUCUCACGCCGCUAACGCACACAACCCCAGCCACCCAGGAAAUGCAGAGCAUUCACAAUCGAGACUUUGGCCAACCGGAAUCCACUGCACUGGACUUCUUACAAAAAAUAAAAACCAUCGAGCUUUGACGUCUCAAACUAGGCUGUGUACAGUUUAAUUAUGGAACAUUAAAUAAUUAUUUUUGAAAUGAUUGCUAUGCAGGUUUAAACUUUUUUUAAUGAACAAAAACUAUUAAAAUCAGAGAUCUUUCUUUAA